ACUGCAGUAUGGAUAUUCUGUUCUUAGCAUCCCACCUCCUUAUAAAUGUUUUUUUUCUUGGUCUUUGUAUUUUUCUUUUUCUUUUUAUUUUAUAUUUCUUUAUUAUCUUAAUACAUACACUGUCUUCGUAUAUUACUUGAUCAUCCACCGUAAAAACCGUAUUAAGAUGAAAUUAUCAUUUUUAGUUUCAAGUUUAAUGUUAUUGGCUAUCAGUAUUAGAAAAUCUGAGGCGUGUAAUGGCGAAAUCUUAGUUAAUGGGCAAGUAUAUAUUGAUCCAACUGGAUGUCUCGAUACAGGAUAUCCUACUGAGGCCAUUGUUGAAAAUCGUUGUGAUAAAGUUUUGCAAGUAUAUACAGAUAUAAAUUGCCUUGGUUCUGUUGCUGGCAAGGUAGACCCUGGCCAGUCAUUAGAGGUUCCAAAUGGUUCAAUACUAGUACUAGAGUAAUUUAUUAGAAUUUAUAUUAUUUGAAAUAAAAAAUACAGUACCAACGUACUCCAUACCUAUAAAAAUAA